GUAUGUCGUUACACUCGCGCAUUUUUGAUAUUAGUUGCUCGUUUUCGAAUGGUAAAGCAGGUUUUCAACUGGACAGAAGUCAAGAAGCAUCAGUCUUUGAAAGACCGCUGGAUAGUUAUUAACAACAAGGUUUAUGACGUGACAAAUUGGCAAAAUAGGCACCCAGGAGGAAGGAAAGUACUUGGACACUAUGCUGGUCAAGACGCCACAGAUGCCUUUAUCGCCUUUCAUAAGAACCGCGAGUAUGCUGAAAAGUUUUUGGGCGCGUAUUAUAUUGGGGAUUUGGACGUAGAAUGUGCUGAAGACAAGGAUAUCAAUGUAAGACGCCAGGAAUACUCUGAAGAUCUAGAGAAUAUUCGAAGCAUUUUAAUGAAGCAGGGCUUAUUCGAAAGCGAUAAACUAUUUUUUGGUACCAUGAUGCUCCAAGUGUUUGUUCUUGAAGUACUGGCGUAUUUAAAUUUGAUAUACUUUGGGACUAGCUGGCCACGAAUAAUUAUCUCGGUUAUACUUUAUGCUAUAUCUCAGACCCAAGCUGGUUGGCUACAACAUGAUUUGGGACAUUUAUCGGUUUUUAAGAGUACUAGAAGAAAUCAUAUUUUCCAUGAAAUUAUACUUGGUCUCACUAAAGGAGCCUCUUGUCACUGGUGGAAUCAUAUGCAUUCUCAGCAUCAUGCAAAACCCAAUGUAAUCGACAAGGACCCUGAUACACGAUUGGAACCGGUAUUUGUGGUUGGUGAAAAUCUACCCAUAAGAGCAGCCAGUUCCGAAAGCAGUUGGUCAUGGCAUUUGCCUUAUGAACAUCAGCAUAAGUAUUUCUUCCUAAUUGGUCCUCCGCUUUUAUUUCCCGUUUAUUUCCAAAUCAUGUCAUUCCGACAUAUGUGGAUUCAUAAAAAGGUUGAGGACUUUAUUUACGUGAUGGGAUUCUAUGCAAAACUCUUUAUUCUUUAUUACCCAUUACUUGGGUUCUGGGGAAGUUUGGCCUAUUUCUUUAUGACCAGACUGAUCGAAAGCCACUGGUUUACGUGGGUGAGUCAGUCAAAUCACUUGUCAAUGCCGGUAGAUUAUGAUCGAGCUGAACCAUGGUUUCGUCUACAGCUGAAUGGAACAUGUAAUGUGGAGAAUUCAUUGUUCAACGAUUGGUUCACGGGACACUUGAACUUUCAAAUAGAACACCAUUUGUUUCCAACCAUGCCAAGACACAAUUACUACAAAGUGAGACCUUAUGUGAAAGCCUUAUGCGAAAAAUACAAUCUUCCUUAUCGCGUUAAACCGAUUGGAAUAGCCUUCACAGAUGUUUUCAGAACUUUGAAAAAAAGUGCAGAAUUAUGGAAACAAGUGAAUAUGGAAAAAGAAAGGUGUUGCAAAAAGCUCCUUGAAGAAUAAAUAAUAACCGUUAUCACUAUUUUGUCUCUUCAAUCUGUUCCACAAUGUAUCGUUUCUCUUCGUAUUGAGGGCAAACGAUGUUCCCAUUCGACUUCAUUUGUCAUAAUUACUAUUCUUGAUCAUCAUACAUUUGUUUUAUAUAUGGAAAUGACAUUUGUUUAUUUCCAUAUCAAGUAACUAAAUCUUAAUCUUUCAGUGUCUGGUUGUGCCCUUAUUUACUUUUGGCCUAAUUAUUUAAUUACAACAACAGCGAUUCAUCAAUUUUUACACCUGAUAAUGUUUGGUCUCUGACUCUAUUCCCUCUUGCUUUCAACGUGUAUUUCCGUCAACAUGCAGAAAUAACCACUUGAUCUAUUUUCUACUGAGCUGUUCAUUCCUUCCAAUCAAUUGCUCUGAUUUUACAUAACUGCAAAGUGGUGUAGUUCCUGUUGAAACUAUUUUCUUGAUUUUCAUAUGUUGCUUGUGGUAAUAAAGCGUGAUCAGCUCACCAGUUAUUAGUGAAAAUGAACUAAGCUGGCGGUAUGGAUUCAGACUGUAACUGAUGUUGCACCCAAUAUCUUACCAAACCAUACUAAAGGAUGAUAACUUUGUACCCUUCUCACAGCAUACCUAUUGUUAACUAUUGAAAGUAUGUAACUGAGUGUCAAAACUAUUGGCUCUUCAACACAAGAUAUUGUAUUUCGCUUCUCAUUUAGAUAAAAUCGAAUCGAAGAUUUCAGUGAGAAUUUCUUGUUACGACGAUUUCAUUCUAAAAACUUGUACAAUUAUAUUUAUAAAUGAGGUAGAUAAUAAUAAAUUUAUGUGUGUGUUUCAUUCUUACAA